AUGCCACCGAUAGUCCAAGACUCAGUUAUUUCCGACGUCAUGUUUGAAGCUGACUUUGGCAACAGUGACAACUGGACUCACUUUAACAAUGAUGGUAAUGCCUUUAGAUCUGAUUUUAAGUCGGUGUCGUCUUCACCAAACACAACCGAUACGUCACGAACUUGGUCGGCAUCUAGUGAUUCCUCUGAAGAACCUGCUGCUUCAUCACCGCUGCAUCAUGGUGCCUCUACAAGCAACAGCAGAAGCAACAGCAGUCCAAUGAGGCAACUCAUGUCCGAACAGGAGGAAGAACAAGUUCAACAUUUGGUGAAUGUCAUGCGCAAAGAAUACAAGGACGUGAAUACCGAAGCGGCUCAACGGAAAAUGGUCAACCGCCUCAGCCGACUCAAAAUACGGUCCAAGAAACAGGACUUUGCGGUCCAAGAGUUAUCCUUCCAGGACUCUAUUGAUGAUCGAGUUUCCUCUAUCGUUGUGAACAAGACGCAACAGAAAGCUACGAUCGUGGCCGAGGAACCAACGUUUCAAGCUCCUGAGGCUCCCAAGAAGCAAGAAGUCUUUGAUCAGUUGAACUUAUCCCGAGAACUUGAGGAUGACGUUUCCGGCAAACCGAUUUCUUUCUUGAACACUUCCGGCGAUGAUACCUAUACCUUUGGUGAUGACGAUACUCUGACACUAUCCUUGGGAGAAACCGAGGCAUCUGAGUAUGAACGAGCCGAACGGGUGGAUGCUAUUAAAGAAUCCGUCAUGGAUAUUCUCAUGUGCUCUGUUUGUACCAAUCCCAUGUCGAUACUGACUGGAAACUACAAUGGGCACAAUGACAGUAUCAAUAUUUCCAACGACGAUAUUCAUCUCUCUGUCGAUCGAAGCCACGAUGAUGACAUCGAAAUAUAA